AAAAAAACCCCAAUUGGAAGCAACCAAUUCGAUCCCCAUUUUGAUUUUCCCCUCUUUUUCUCUAAUUUCACUUUCAUUUUCUCAGCUCUCUCUGACUUUGCCCUCUCUUUUCCCUUUCAUAUUCUUUCUCUGUUUUGUAAUCUCUCCUUCCUUCUCUUUUUUUUACCAAAACAAGAAAUUGGAUCAUGAGGCUCUUCUUUCCCUCUCCUUGAUUUUGGGUAGUGCUUUGAAUUUUACAGUAUCAUUGCAAAUAUUCCCCUUUCCUUUUUUUGGUGGUUUGCUCUUUGUGGAGUGGUGGGGAGAGAGAAAUUGUAAAGUGGGUGUCAAGGAAUAAGGUAAAAGGAAAGCUGGGUGUGCCUUGUGGGUGUUCUUCUUUGUAUCUUGAACCAGAAAAAAAAAUGGCCUGCCUCUGCCCCUGAGGCCUGACCUCUCUCUUUUGGGUUUUUGAAGUUUUGUUUUUCAAUCCCAUCCCACUGGUUUUUGGGUCUUGGUUCUUGGGGUUUUGAAGAACUUCUCUAUUUCUUACUUUUUGUUUUUGAUCUUUUGUUUGUUUUUGGCAAAGGGGAGAUUGGAGCUUGUGGUCCUUGCCUUUGGCUUUGGCUUUUGCAAUCAGCUCAGCUUCUAUUCCACUUUUGCUCCAUUCUGUGGCCUUGGAUUUAUUUUUCUUUACCUCCUUCCCUCUUUCUUCUAUCUUUUUACUCUCUCUCUCUAUUUUUCUCUCAUCUGAUCUGCAAAAUCAUCCUCCCAUUUCCCUACCCUUUGGGGGUUUCUUGAGAUCCAUCUCAAAUCCCUCUAGAUAAUCACUGUCUGUGAACAGACCUUCAAGUUUUCCUCUCUGUGGGCUCUCCAAUAGAACCAAAAAUGGUGAGAGGGAAGACACAGAUGAGGCUAAUAGAGAACGCCACAAGCCGGCAAGUGACCUUCUCCAAGAGGAGAAAUGGACUGAUGAAGAAGGCUUUUGAGCUCUCAGUUCUCUGUGAUGCUGAGGUUGCUCUUAUAAUCUUCUCCCCUAGAGGAAAGCUUUACGAAUUUGCAAGCUCAAGCAUGCAGGCAACUAUAGAACGUUACCGAAAGCAUGCAAAAACCAAAGAAGUCAUUGAUUCUUCAUCUGUGAACAUGCAGUUGGAGCAUCUGAAUCAAGAAGAAGCAGCAAACCUGAUGAAGAAGAUAGAGCAACUUGAAGUUUCAAAACGGAAAAUGUUGGGAGAAGAUCUGGGAUCUUGCUCCAUUGAUGAACUUCAAGAACUUGAACAACAGUUGGAGAAAAGUGUGUGCAGAGUUAGAGCCAGAAAGGUGGAAGUGUUUGAAGAACAGAUCAGCCAACUAAAGCAAAAGGAGAAAGUCUUGGAAGCUGAAAAUGCUAGUCUUCUUGAAAAGUGGGAGAGAGAGCCAGUGGGGGGAGAAAAGGAAGGGCAAAAAGGAGAGAAUUUGGGAAAUUAUACAGAAAGCAGCAGCCCAAUUUCAGAGGUGGAGACAGAGUUGUUCAUUGGGCCUCCUGAAACAAGGCCCAGAACUUUUCUUUCCCUUAAUUGAAUAAUCUUUUUUUCUUUUCACUUCCUAAUCUCCAAUAUUACUUUUUAUUAUAUUAAUUACAAUAAUAGUAUUUCUCUGUUUUAUCUGUAAUAAAUAAAGCAGUUUAAUGCCAGAGAGAGAGAGAGAGGUUGUAAAUAGUUAUCAUUUUCCAUCUCUAAUGAGUCGUCUUCUUUUUUCAGUA